AUGGAGUCAAUGGAGUGGUACCUGCUUGGAUUGAGUGGCCGCAAUCUAAGACUUGAUUUUAGUCCAUUGCUCAAGUUACUUCUCCACAAAUUCUCCCACACCUCACUUGCUGAGCAAGGUGUCGAGCGAAUUACCCAGUUCAACACCAUGCUUGUUUUGCUCAUACUUGCCAUGCUAGGGAUGGCUGAAGCACGAGCAUCUGCAGUUGUGAGAAGCUUUGAUGGGAGCACCACCCAGCCUCUGAACCGCCUGAUCCGUCGGUUGGACGCCGGCAUGGGUUCUUCAAAUUUGACUCUCAGCUGUGCCAAUAGAUGCGGUCACUUGACCUUCAGCUACCCAUUCGGCAUAGGAGCUGGUUGCUUUAGGAAUCCUGAAUUCAGUCUCAUUUGCAACCACACCACCAAUCCCCCUAAACUCUUCUUGCACGAUGGUAGUAGUACAAGUACAACCCAGGUUGUGGGCGAUAUUUACCCCAGUGGCAUGUCAGUCAACUUCUGGGGCAAGCACUUGCAGUUCAGCUCUUUUUUUGUCAACUUCUCCAAAACCAUCCCCAUGAAAUCUGGUCUCGAUGCCUACAACAUGUCAUGGACUCCAGGGAAAACUUUUAGCCUUCUCAGUACAAUGUCCCUUUCUGUCAUUGCUUGCGACUUGGAUGUGUACUUGGUGCAUAAAGACCUUGGUAACCGUGAGUUGAUUUGCAAGGUAUCCUGCCCCAGCAUAGAAAUUGCGGAGCAAGUUUAUAGGCAGGACCGACAUGGCCCUGGGUCGUGUUCUUUUACAUAUUCUGCAUUAACAGUCCGCACCCUCGAGUUUCAAUUUGUUCCCCACAAGACCGGUGCAUCAGUGGUUAUGAAGGCAACCCAUAUAUCUCCGGUGGCUGCUCAGCUGUCCAUGAAGCUGAUGAACCGAACCUGUAUGUCAAUCCUCUGGAAUCAGCCUCUGUGCAGUGGGCUGUCGCUAAUCUUACAUGCCAAGAGGCGGAAAAAAACACCUCUGGAUAUGCGUGCGUUAGUGUCCAUAGCUUCUGCCUGGGUGUCAUCAGCUCCAUGGAAGGUUAUGUUGGAUACAGAUAUUGAUGAGUGCAAACGGACACCAGGACUUUGCAAAGGGAAUUGCCAGAACACUAUCGGAAACUACACCUGCACCAAGUGCCCUGAUCAUACAGAGUAUGAUAUAACAAAAAUGCAGUGCACUCCAGUAAGAAAGCAAAAUUUCUACUUAGGUAUUGUGAUUGGGUUAAGCAGUGGCCUUGGCAUGCUACUUUUCGGCUUAACUACGAUAUUUCUCGUUCAAAGAUGGAAAAGAGACGUCCAGAAGAAACUAAGAAGGAAGUAUUUCCGAAGGAACAAUGGCCUUCUCUUGGAACAAUUGAUAUCAGGGGAUGAAAAUGCGAGCGAGAGGAAAAAGAUUUUCUCCUUUCAAGAGCUUAAAAGGGCAACAAAUAACUUUGAUCCUGCACGUAUCCUUGGACGUGGAGGGCAUGGCACAGUCUACAAAGGGAUCUUAUCAAACCAGCAUGUGGUAGCCAUAAAAAAAUCCCAGAUUAUCAGGGAAGGUGAGAUCAGCGAUUUUAUCAAUGAGGUUGCAAUUCUCUCUCAGAUAAAUCACCGGAAUAUCGUGAAACUUUCCGGGUGCUGUCUUGAAACUGAGGUCCCCUUACUAGUGUACGACUUCAUUCCCAAUGGUUCAUUGUUUGAAAGUCUUCAUCAUGAUUCUAGCAACAUGGUUUCUUUGACCUGGAAUGACUGCCUACGGAUCGCAUCAGAAGCUGCGGGUGCUCUAUGUUAUCUCCACUCUGCAGCCUCAAUAUCAAUCUUCCAUCGUGAUGUGAAGUCCUCUAAUAUACUCCUAGACACAAACAGUGCAGCAAAGGUUUCGGAUUUCGGUGCUUCAAGAAUUGUCCCCAUUGAUCAAACUCAUGUUGCUACAAAUGUUCAGGGCACAUUCGGUUAUUUUGAUCCAGAAUACUACCAGACUGGGCAGCUAAAUGAGAAGAGUGAUGUUUACAGUUUUGGUGUGGUACUCCUAGAACUUCUUAUCAGGAAAAAACCUGUUUUUACAGCUGAGUCGGGAAUGGACGAGAGCUUGUGUAACUACUUCCUCUUGGAGAUCAGGUCGAGGCAACCCAAAGAAAUAGUGGCGGCACAAGUUCUUGAAGAAGCGAGCGAGGAGGAGAUCAACGGGGUUGCUUCUCUUGCGGAAAAGUGCUUGAGGCUAAAAGGUGAGGAAAGGCCUACAAUGAAGGAAGUCGAGACAACAUUGCAGCAACUACGAAUGAAUCGUACAAAUUCAUCUCAAGUUUAUCCAGCCGUUGAGUAUGAGAUGCAAGGCCACCAGUCCAUGGCCAUGAACCUAGCCGGGAGAACUUACAAUGUAACAUCUCAGCGCAGCCAAAACGCAUGCUAUAGCUUGGAGCAGGAGUUCCUCGCAUCCGCUAGCCUGCCCCGCUAGAUAUGCUUGUCAGCUCUCUAGUGUUUUUGCCAUGGUUGUUCUUUCUAAGCUGAGGCAAAAAUUGUAUUUUGCAGCACCGUCUUAGAUCACCUUAUCUUGUAAGGCCCUACAUGCAAUCCUCUUCUUCACAAAAUGUAUUAUGCAGUACCAUCUUUUUCUGUU